UCCGCAGGCUUUUAUUUUGAAAGGCUGCGAGUGAGAGCGGAACUUUCUACAGAGCUAACAGCUAGCGGCUAACAGCUAGUGGCUAACGGUUAGGAGACGGCGGCUAGUUGGUCCGGGUCCCGGUCCCGGUCCCGGUCCCAGUCCCAGUCCCAGUUCCUGGUCUCGGUCCCGGUCUCGGUCUCUCAACUCCGUCACCGACUGAAGACGCUCGUGGAAGGUGCUGGUGCGCGCGCACGCGUCCAUGGCUACGGAGGAGUUGUACGAAGUGGAGCGGAUCGUGGACAAGAGGAAGACAAAGAAGGGGAAGGUGGAGUACCUGGUGAGGUGGAGAGGGUAUGGGUCUCAGGGGGACACCUGGGAGCCGGAGACGCACCUGUCCACCUGCAUGGUCUAUGUCCACGAGUUCAACCGCCAGAGAGACGCCGUCUUCCUUCGCUCCACCCGCAGGUCCCCCAGCCUCCACCUUAGCCCCGCCCACCGCCCGCCCUGCAGGCUGCCACCCACCCUGCAGGCCGCCGCCCCCUCACCUGCAGACUGCAUCCAGGUGCCACCUCACCCCCCACCCCCUGGUCUGACCCCCCCACCCGACAGGUUCAGCAGCGGGUCCAUGUCUGCGUCUCCAGCGCGCCGCAGUGUGGACCUGUCCAAGACCGGCAUCAAGAUCCUGGUUCCCAAGAGUCCGAUGAACGGGCGGCCGGACUCGGACGCGUCUCCCAGUGAGGCGGCUCACAGCCUGGAGGCCGGGGGCCAGGAGGUCCCGGAGGUCCCGGAGGUCCCGGAGGUCCCCCCAGAGGUGGCCCUGCUGGAGAAACCUGCUGGAGUCCAGCUGGGGCCCGGAGAGGAGAGGGCCCGCAUGGGGUCCAGACCCCGCAGCCAGAACCCCCUGGCCCCCCCUCGAGUCCCCAUCACACCUGCAGCCAUGCGCUCCCUCAGUGGAACCGGAAACGCUAUGAUGGAGGCUGUCGCCGCCAGCGGCAUGUCCGGCGUGCAGAGUGCUGUUGCCGGGGCAACCAGCGUGACGGGGAAGCGGCGCCUGGAGGAACGUUCUGCGUUCGACAAGCGUCUGAGGUUCAGCGUUCGCCAGACGGAGAGUUCCUACCGCUACCGAGACAUCGUGGUCAAGAAACAAGACGGCUUCACUCACAUCCUGCUGUCCACCAAGAGCUCCGAGAACAACACGCUCAACCCAGAGGUGAUGAAGGAGAUCCAGAGCGCCAUGGCGACGGCAGCGUCAGACGACAGCAAGCUGGUUUUACUCGGCGCCGUUGGCAGCGUCUUCUGCUGUGGCCUCGACUUCCUGUAUUUCAUCAGACGCCUGACGGACGACAGGAAGAAGGAGAGCAUCAAGAUGGCCGAAACCAUCAGAACCUUCGUCAACACCUUCAUCCAGUUCAAGAAGCCCAUCGUGGCGGCGGUGAACGGGCCGGCGCUCGGCCUCGGGGCGGCCAUCUUGGCUCUGUGUGACGUGGUGUGGGCCAAUGAGAAGGCUUGGUUCCAGACGCCGUACACGUCCUACGGCCAGACGCCCGACGCCUGCUCCUCCUUCACCUUCCCCCGAGUCAUGGGCCUGGCAUCGGCCAGCGAGCUGCUGCUGGGCUCCAGGAGGCUCACGGCCCAGGAGGCCUGCUCUAAGGGUCUGGUGUCCCAGGUCUUGUGGCCGGGGACCUUCACCCAGGAAGUGAUGCUGAGGGUCAAGGAGCUGGUGGCUGUGGACUCGCUGGUUCUGCAGGAGUCCAAAUCCCUGAUGAGGACCACCAGCCGCGGGGCCCUGGAGCAAGCCAACGAGCGCGAGUGUGAAACCCUCAAGAGAGUUUGGGGCUCAUCUCAGGGGACGGACUCCAUCCUGCAGUACCUGCAGAGGAGGACCGAGCUCUGCUAGGACCUGGACCUGGAACACGGUUCUAAGUCAGCACGUGGACAGGAACCAUGACGUUCCUUCUGUAAACUUCUGUAAACAUUUCUGAUUUCAGCAGCAGAACAUGUUAGCCUAGCUUUAGCCAUAUUAGCUUGUAGCAUGUCAGCUUACUGAAGGUCUGAGGGCUCUGCUCUGUGGAUUGAUCAAAUGUUGAGUGCUAAGCUAAGCUAGCCAUUCCCCUUCCGUCCUAUCUUCAUGCUAAGCUAGGCUAACAGUCCUGCAGCGCCCCCCUGAGGACAGAUUACAUCCUGCAGUUAUGAACUAAAGUCACACCAGACAUGGCCCAGUCCCCGGUCCGGACUCUGUGGACUGGGUGGACUCUGGGACUGUUGGACGGGUCCAGAAACUAAAUUCACGGCCCAGUAGAAACUUUGGUUUGUCUUUUUUAUUUUUAUUAUUUCAAAAUGAAAACAUGUAAAAUAAAGAGUGUGAAUAAAGAAGAGAAACAAC